CUUGCCCCUUCACAGACUGCCAGUUCACCGAUAUUUCCCAGCAAACUCCUUUAACUUCGUCCCCUGCCGGCUGCACACUCUCCCGACUCCAAUCAGCUUCCCUUUCGGUCCUUCACUUUCAGUAAACCCUAAAAAUGUCAUCUUCCUCCGUCGCCACCGCCGCCGUUCUGCUUCUCCUCCUCCUCACUACCGCCAAUUCCGCCCCAAUUUUAGGUCUGGACUCCUACCUGACCCACCAAUCUCGGAACGACCCACGAGCUACUAACGACUCCUUCCUCUCCCUUCCAUCUUCACUCAAGAAAUCUCUCUCAUCGGCCUUCCUCUCUCCCAACACCAUCCCUUCUCUCAUAUCCUCUCUCCUUUCUCUCUCUCUUCCUCUCUCCCUUCAUAUCCGCCUCCUCGGCCCUUCUUUCCCUCCUGACUCCUCCUCCGUCCUUUCCUCCUUCCACUCCGCAGUCCAUAUUUCCGAUCACUUCUACCUCAUUUCCCCCAACCCCGACGGCCCCCGCGACCACCGCCUCGCCGUCAAACACUCGCUUCACCUUGACGUUUCGCACUCACCUACUCUUGCAUCACGCCUCUCUGACGCAAUCAAGUCUGCCAUUUCUACUGCAACUUCCUCACUCCGCUCUCCGAUCCUCCCUAUUUCUUAUUCCGUUGUGGACGACAUCAUCAAGCAAGAUUUCGACAAGGAGAAGCCUGUGGAAGGUGUUUUUGUGUAUUUGAUCUCAUUAGGUCCGCAGUCACACGGUUAUGCUUACAACUACGGUCAUGGAGAUUCGUCUCCCGGGCAUACAAAGUGUUUCGGGAGUGUUUGGACUGGGAAGGAGAGAUAUAUUUGGAUCGAUCUCAAUGCUGGUCCGGUGGAUUACGGGCCCGCUUUGUCUGGCGAUGGGUUGCUUCCCAGGGGAGAGUUUCAUCCUUUGGCAGCUUUGCACGGUCGACCCAAGUCGCAGAAGGCGCUCUUGGCGGAUCUUGCUUCUUUGGUUUGGAGUGCCUAUCAGGUACAUCUUGUGCCCUCUUUGAGGAUUCCUGUGCCUUUUGAGAAUUCUUUGGUUGUUCAGUUUAUACAUGUUUACGGCAAGGAUAGUCAGGAUUCAAGUGGUCUGGAUUGGGAAUUGAUCAAGAAGACGUUUAUGAAUGAAGUUCAUGAUGGGGGAUUGUUGUUGGGAGAGCAGUCGCUCACUUUUAAGAAUUAUAAGAUCAAUUUAGCUCAGUGUUCUAUAUGUUCCUUUGCCCUUUCUAGGUCCACUACUUCAUACACUUCUAGGUUUUUGUUUGAUAAUUAUACUUUGAUUGUGAGCGAAUAUUUGGACUCAAAACGUUUGCAUCAGAUAUUGUCUGAUUCGGCUGAGGAGUUUAGGAGGUUGGGAGAUAUCCCUGAGGAUGAUUUUGCAAGGGUGCUUCCUGUUUAUGUGUUUGAUUUGGAUAACAAUAAGCUAUUGUUGCUUGAUCGGUAUCACCAGUCUGUUGCUUUUAGGGAUAUGGUUAUUGCAGUGAGGACAAAGAAUACACAGACUGUGAGUGAUUAUACCUGUAAUGGGCGUCAUGUGUUUACACGUACCAGGGAGCUUGAGAGACCAAUUGUUGGUUCAAUUCUGCAGAGUAUGUGGGGGGUUGCUCCAACCCAUAUGUUAUGGAGCCCAAGGCAUAACAGUACUCUGGUGGAUUAUACAUGGAGUGUUGGGCAGACACCAUUUGGGCCAUUCUCAGAGCUUUCUUCAUUGUCUUUCGCACAGAAGGAUGCAGCUAAGAGAAAUGUUCUUUUGACUUCGUUGAAUUACAGUAUAACGAGUGCCAUUGAUGUGCUUGAAUCUAUAGCUGCACAUGGCGGGGACAGGAAGCUCCUUACACAUAGCCAGUAUAUGGAGUUUGUACAGAGGUGGAACUUGUUCAAGUAUAAGUUGGACAAAGCAGUUACUGCCAUGUCGCAUUUAGACUUUGAGAUGGCUUUGUAUUACUUGAGGUCUUCGGAUCAUGAUUUGUACGCCAUUCACUCUCUUGUUUACCAUGCAUCACAAGAACUGGAAGCAUCACUCCAGUGUUUCAAGGACCCACCAUUUCCAUGGGCAUCAGCAUCAAUGUCUGGAGUAGUUUUAGUCGGCCUCAUUUAUAUUUAUUCAAAGCGAGACAAACUUCUAAGGAACAAAAGGAAGCAGUUUUAAAGCAUUUAAUGGAAUGAAUAUUUUGUAUCAUUUCAACACAAUACAACAGUAACAAGACAUGGAUUUCCAUGAGAGAGGUAAGUCUCAAGGUCGGGAAUUAGUGUUCAGUUUCCCCAGAACAUUUACCGCAUUCAGUCUGACAAUUUAGUCCGUCUCUCAGUUUUUCAAAGAUUUAGUCACUUUUUUGUCCAAAUAAUCUAUUAUCAUGAUUGUCUAAUGAAUGCAUCUCGGGUUCAGCUUUCUGGAUUUUUGUUCUGUUGUGUGGCUUUUGCUACUCUUUUCCUCCCUGUGCUUAUGAAUGUAACAAAAGUGGCUGUUGCAUAAUUUAGAAUGCUGGUUUGUUUAA